GCCUCUGUAUGCAAUAUGGCCACGGCAGGGGCUCAGAUUGGAUAAGAUGGAAGAAAAUGGCAUGCGAAGUGUUAUUAAAUUUUAGUGAAAUGUUUACUCGCUACGGUUGUGUAGAAUGGGAGGCUGCAUAGGUAUAACGAGGGCAAGAAAUGCCUCGAUCAAUGAUACGUCGGAGAACUCGAGCAGAACUAAUUCGGGGAAUACGAGAAAAAACCAUCUUCUAUGUCACGAGGUAAUCAGAUGGAAAUCGGAUGUACCUCUGACCGAGGGUCAAUUGAGAAGUAAGCGAGAUGAGUUUUGGGACACUGCACCAGCGUUCGAUGGCCGUAAAGAGAUUUGGGACGCGCUGAGGGCGGGUGCGACCGCAGCGGAGGCGCAGGAUUAUCAGUUGGCACAGGCCAUAUUAGACGGGGCUAAUAUUUCUGUACCAAAUGGUUUCUUAACCGAAUGUUACGAUGAGUUAGGAACUCGUUAUCAAGUACCUAUUUAUUGUUUAUCCUAUCCAAUUAAUAUUGUGAAAGAAGAUAGCGGGAGAGACUCACCUGCCGAUUGCUCAGAACCGGUCGACGAAGGAACAGAACAAACUUUAAAACUUAGACUAUCAACUACUUUAGGAGAAGUUAAACUACCUGUUUACAGCAAUGACACUAUUGCUAUGGCCAAGAAAAAAUUGCAGAGUCAAGAGGGUUUGGAACCUUCACGUCAAAGGUGGUUCUUUGGUGGUAAAUUGCUCGGUGAUAAAAUGCAUAUAGAAGAAGCGAAGGUACAGCCAGGUUACAUAAUACAAGUAAUUGUAAAUCCGGAGAAAUCAGAUAACAUCUCUGGGAAGACUAGUUGAACUGAUAACACGCAUAAGCACGUAACGCAGUAUGUUUCAAUCAGUUAUCGGUGGUAAACAUACUUUUACGCCUGUUAACAAAACUUGUUAAUCAUACGUCAAAGUGAGGAUAUUAUGGUUUUUUAUUUUUUAUCACGUAAUCAUUACGAGUGAUAAGUCAUUUUAGGGUAAAUUCGACGUGCAACAAAACUUUCCAUUACGAAUUUCUCCUUUUAAUGAAAUCGCGACUCAAGUGCAAUCAGUUGUUCUUUUCGCUGUAUCAUAUAUUUAUCCAUAUACGUUAUCAUCCAAUGUAAAAAAGAGUUAUAUAAGAAUAAGAGAGAGAAAAUACUAAUAGAAUAAAAAAAAGCAUAUCUUUAUAAAUUCGGCUUUCUUCAAUACGAUAUACUUUCUGCAACAAGAAAAUUGACUGAAACGAUUUAUUUAUAUUUGCGUAAGAUAUACAUAUAUAAAUAUAUAUACAAAUAUAUAUAUAUACAUAGACAUACUAUUUUUUAUAAUUCGUAAUGCGUAAGUUUAUCAAGUUUCAUAUUAUCAAAAUCUUUCUUUCGUUAUGAUUGCAAAACUCGUUAAAAGCGAUAUUGAAUUACGUAUUGAAACGCAGAACGGCCAUUAUGUGAGAUAAUAUUUUAUAAUAAAUAAAAUAUAUAUCAUUAUACAUACUUUAUAUAUACAUGUUAUAUAAAGUAUAGAUAUUGCUUUUGCAAAGUAGGGGAAAUGGUAAUUUUUUAUCUAUUUGUGUCAUUGUCAUUACGUCAUGUACGAACACGAGGGGAAUAACUAUAUUCAAUGGACAAUAGUGAAAAAAAGGCAAAUAUAAUACUCAUUGCAAAAUACUAUAUACUUAGGACUCGUUUAACGAACUUCUAUGUUCUACUUGCAACUAUUGACUUAUUUGUUUGUAAUUUUUGUCACCAGUUAGUUUAACGUAAGAAGAUAAUGUAAGAAUUUAUUUCACAGUUAAUACGUAUAAUCUUCACUAAACAAAUAUUUCUGUUCUAAUACACCAAUUGUCCUACUCUCUAACAUAUUAUGUAGCAAAAUAAUUUUAAAUUGUUGUAUUCACAUUGUAUCUUCUCGUAAAAGUCUAAAUUUUUGUAGGCCUAACAUUUGUUUUAUAAGUAUAGUUAAGCUGUUGAAUAAGAUUUUGACAACUGAAUCGUUUAGAAGAGAAUUAUCAUAAUAAGACUAAGGGUAAAUUUGCAUUUAUCUCACAUAAACAAAAUUACGAAUUACGUAACCAAUAGGUUUGCUGUAUAUGCAAUACAUAUAUUGCAUAUAUUGUAUAUACCAGAGAUAAGUUCUCAAAGAGUGCUUUGCAUCAAACAAGUCAAUGAUUAUCAUUAUUGAAUAAGAUUUGAUCAUGAUAAUCUUGUAUUUUAUAUGUAUCACUUGAAUUGUGCGUAUAAAAAUCUGCACUGCCCA